AUGGGGGUUUCCGAAGCGGUGCUGCUUACCCCCAGAGAAGGCGAGGACAAGCUCGAGGAUGGCGUAGCGGAAACAUCAGCUGAGGAUGGCGUAGAGGAAACAUCAGUUGAAGAUGGUGUAGAGGAAACAUCAGUUGAAGAUGGUGUAGAAGAAACUUCAAUUAAAGAUGGUGUUCCAGCGGGAGUAGUUCCGGUGCUGAAAGUAGUAGGCACAGAGCUGCUGGGUGUGGACGCCGAGGCUGAUGGGCUGACUGCAGAGCUAUCGCUUAACCCCGGGGUCGAGGAGGAGGCGAUGAUGACAGACGAAGGGGAGACGCUGGCUGAAGGAGUGGAAGUCCAUCCACUGCUGGUGUCUGGCGUGGCAGCAGCUGAUGAAAGGGGGGUGGACCGGGAGCAUCUGUGUCUGCGUCCGUGA